AAGAAUUAGACCUGUUUUUUGGUUUUUAUAGUGCUGUGAGUUAUACUUUAAUUGUCCCCCUACACCUGAAAUGAACGUACAGUAUAAUAAAAAAAUAUUGCAUUUUGGUUUUCUACUAUCAGACAAGGAUCCCACCUCCGUCCUUGUUAAAUAAUGAAUUAGGUGUAUCUGAGCAAACUCGAAAGCUAAGUUCAGGUUCACCAGCCACACCCAGGCCUCAUGACUGCUAAACCUGCGAGAUUAAAAAAUGGCUGAGUUUCUUUCUUGCUAACUUUUUUUCAAACUCAGAAAUUUCCUUUUUUUUCUUUUGGCGGAAGUUUACGCCUCCUUUUUUUCUACAAUUACCCUAAUACGUUUUGUCGUAGUAACCCUACUGAAAUAAAUCCUUGUUUAAUUAAGAAAGAUGAAAUAGCUCCAGGCUCGACUUAUUUUUUCUUUAGCGCCUGCGCAUUAAGUCCUACACGCUUGCAGGCGGAGUAAAAAGUAGUUCCCAUCAACGCCGUCUCGUUUAGGAAAAAUCACAAUAAUUCAGUUACUUUCUAAGAUGCACUCUUUAAGAUGCAUUAUCUAAAGUGAAUGAAGUAUUGAAAGUAUUUAUACCUAACAUAGAGAAUCGAUUUUAAAGGUCUGCUAUCGGACAAUAGAUAUUCCAGUAUCAAUCCGGACUUUCAUCCGUCAAAAAGCGAAGAGGAAGAAAGAGUUCCCUCCAUUAACGGAUUGCUGCGCGAGACUCAACUUUACUCGUUGGAUUAUUAGAAAGCUUUAUUUCCAUAAAAAUGAGGGAAAUUCUUCAUCUUCAAGCUGGUCAAUGUGGAAACCAGAUUGGUGCGAAAUUCUGGGAGGUAAUAAGUGACGAACAUGGCAUUGACCCAACCGGGGUGUACCACGGAGACAGCGACCUGCAGCUCGACCGGAUCAACGUUUAUUACAACGAGGCGUCAGGGGGAAAAUAUGUCCCUCGUGCUGUGCUGGUCGACUUGGAGCCAGGCACCAUGGACUCUGUGAGGUCUGGACCUUUUGGCCAAGUGUUUAGACCUGACAAUUUUGUUUUUGGUCAGAGCGGUGCUGGAAAUAACUGGGCUAAGGGUCACUACACCGAAGGAGCAGAGCUGGUGGACUCGGUCCUGGAUGUGGUGAGAAAGGAGGCAGAGGGUUGCGACUGUCUGCAGGGUUUCCAGCUCACCCACUCCCUGGGAGGAGGCACCGGCUCCGGCAUGGGCACGCUCCUCAUCAGCAAGAUCCGAGAGGAGUACCCAGACCGCAUCAUGAACACGUUCAGCGUGGUGCCGUCACCCAAGGUGUCGGACACCGUGGUGGAGCCCUAUAACGCCACCCUGUCUGUCCACCAGCUGGUGGAGAACACUGAUGAGACCUUCUGCAUCGACAACGAAGCGCUGUACGACAUCUGCUUCCGUACGUUGAAGCUCACCACGCCCACCUACGGCGAUCUGAACCACCUGGUGUCGGCCACCAUGAGCGGCGUCACCACCUGUCUGCGCUUCCCCGGCCAGCUGAACGCAGACCUGAGGAAGCUGGCCGUCAACAUGGUGCCGUUCCCCAGACUGCACUUCUUCAUGCCGGGCUUCGCCCCACUGACGAGCCGUGGCAGCCAGCAGUACCGGGCCCUGACAGUCCCUGAACUCACCAUGCAGAUGUUCGACGCCAAGAACAUGAUGGCGGCAUGCGACCCGCGUCACGGCCGCUACCUGACGGUGGCCGCCAUCUUUCGCGGCCGCAUGUCCAUGAAGGAGGUGGACGAGCAGAUGCUGAACGUUCAGAACAAGAACAGCAGCUACUUCGUCGAGUGGAUCCCCAACAACGUGAAGACGGCCGUGUGCGACAUCCCGCCACGCGGCCUCAAGAUGUCUGCCACCUUCAUCGGAAACAGCACGGCCAUCCAGGAGCUGUUCAAGCGCAUCUCGGAGCAGUUCACCGCCAUGUUCCGCCGCAAGGCCUUUCUUCACUGGUACACCGGCGAGGGCAUGGAUGAGAUGGAGUUCACCGAGGCGGAGAGCAACAUGAACGACCUGGUGUCCGAGUACCAGCAGUACCAGGACGCCACGGCCGAGGAGGAGGGCGAGUUUGAAGAGGAGGGAGAAGAAGACAUGGCAUAAGCAGCUCAUGUGGCAGCUUUGCUCCUGGGCUUCAUUGUUAGAUUUCACCAUUUCUUUCUUUGUUCAAAGUGUUAAACCAAUGACAAUUAAGGUGUGAUAAAUGUCACCAGUUUUGCUUGUUUUAAAAGUUUUAGAAUUGUUUUCAGGCUUUGCAGAAAACAUGUUAAAUAUUACAUUAGAAUUUUCUUCUGGAACAUACAUUUAUUAACCUGUAAUUCUGCUCCGUAGCAUUUUGAAUGUUUUGGAUAUUGAAGCUUUUUUCUGUGAGCCGUUUGUUUUUAUGUGGUCGCUCAUUUUUUGACUGGGACUGUGAGUGUUUUUCUGAAUGUUGUAACUCCUCCAGCCUGACCUCCACAUUGCCCGCUCACAAUGCAUUUCUUUAAAGCUGUUUAUUUUUCUACAUAAUCCUGACCAGUUGGUACAGAGCUCCCAGGUCUAGCCACAUGGGAGAAGAAAACACAACUAUAUAAUAUCUUGUGGUAACAACGUCAUUAUAAAGAGGUAUGGCCAAGCGUGUUUUUUAAUUCCCAUGUCACCGGAUGGGCUCUGUACGUUUGUCUAUCUUUGGAUUUUGUAAUUUUCAGUCUGUGGUGGAUUUAGGAUGGUUUCUUAAAUAGCUUUUCAUUAAUAACUUGAUGGAGUAACUUCAUAGAGUUUCAAAUAAAGAUUUUUACCCU